AUGUCGGGCGGAUCAUGCGCAGCCUUGACGACAAGCGGCUCUGCUGCUGGUGCUGGUGCCGGUGCUGGUGCAAGAUGGCAACCUGCUUUUCUGGCAGCCGUUGCCAUGCUGCGUGGUGACGGAGGCCGACCGCAGAGCCAGCCUCUCCGCGCUCGCAUGCCCACGCCCACUCCCCCUCAUCGGACAAGUUGGUGUCGAUGCAAGUGCAAGGCGCCGCCGCAUCUUGCUGCCACUGCCAUCUGCCGCCAUCUGCCAUCUAUGUACUCUGGCGCUGGGUCCGAGCCCAGACGGCACAGUGGGGCAGUGUAG